CGCUGCGGGUUAAAGUCCACGUCGGCAAGGAUUAACACCGAUCCUGCGUAUAAACUUUGCACCGCGAUGGCACAGCCAAUUACAAGCAAGACGGUUGUCGUCACAGGAGGCAGCAGGGGCAUCGGCCUAGGGCUGGUCAAGAAGUUUCUGUCCCGCAACAACACAGUUAUCGCCACAAGCCGUAAAUCGGCGGAAGCUUACCAACUGCACGAGCUGCGCAAGCAGUACCCCGAGCGCCUCAUCCUCACAGAUGUGGACACCAGCGCCGCCGCCAGCAUCGCCGAGUGGGCUCAGGACAUGAAGGAAGCCAGAGGCGUCAAACACAUAGAUGUGUUGGUCAACAACGCGGGCGUGUACGGCAGGCGCCCAGAGCUGCUGGACUUUGAAGAGGAGGACUUUCUGUUCGCGUUCAGAACCAACUCCAUGGGGCCCUUCUUUGUGGUACAACAAUUGCUAAAACAGGAGCUGAUGGGCUCUACCCCCGACCUACCUGGCGGCACCUCCCUCAUCGCCAACAUCUCUUCCGUGGUGGGAUCGAACACGGAAAAGACGGUGUCGGCGGUGAUGAAGGGCGGCUUCGCGUACAGGUUUGGGGGGGUCUGGAGUGGGGGGGCCUCGAAGGCGGCACUCAACGUCAUGACCACCACCCUGGCGAGGGACCUCGCCCCCCAGGGCAUCCAGGUGGUGGCACUGCACCCUGGAUACGUGAAGACCGACAUGACGG